UGUUCGCCACGCCACGCCACGCCAUAGCUGUAUGCACAAAGCAAUCACCCGAGAACUCUCAACAGUGGAUUUCUAUUAUUCUCCCCCAGGCCCCAUCAUUAUUAAAUUUAUUGUCUAAUCUCAAUCACUUUAAUUUUAAAACGUAAACACCUCCGUCAAUCUCUUAAACCUCACCUUAAUCUCUUCUCUACAGCUCAUCCACCGGAAAAUUAAAAUAAAAAAAAAAAAAAGAAGAAAUCUUCGCUUUCGUGUUCCUUUGUCUUAGCUGAGAAAUUGUCCUUGGAUAAGGUUCUGUUGCAUUGCUCGGAAUUCUAGGGUUUGGCUUCGGGGGAUGGCUCAAUCGAUGGGCAGCAGAGGUGGUGGAACUGGGAGGUUCAUGGUGGGCGAUUAUUUGGUUGGGAAGCAGGUUGGGAGCGGGUCGUACUCGACGGUGUGGCACGCGCGGCACCGAGACCACGGCACCGAGGUGGCCAUCAAGGAGAUCGUCACAGCUCGGCUUAACUCCAAACUCCAAGAGAGCCUCAUGUCUGAGAUUGUUAUCCUCCGGAAGAUCAAUCAUCCUAACAUUAUCCACCUGCACGACAUGAUCCAGGAACCUGGAAAGAUUUAUAUAGUGUUGGAGUACUGUAGAGGAGGUGAUCUUUCAAUCUACGUCCAACAACGCAAUGGGAGAAUCCCAGAAGCAACUGCAAAACAUUUUAUGCAGCAGCUAGCAUCGGGCUUAAAAGUUCUUCGUGAGAACAACUUAAUACAUCGGGACUUAAAACCACAGAAUCUCCUCUUAUCAGUAAAUGAUGACAAUGCUGUUUUAAAGAUUGCUGAUUUUGGAUUUGCAAGGUCUUUGCAACCUAGAGGCCUUGCAGAAACCUUAUGUGGUUCACCACUAUACAUGGCUCCUGAAAUUAUGCAACUUCAGAAAUAUGAUGCAAAGGCAGAUCUCUGGAGUGUUGGUGCCAUUCUGUUUCAGCUUGUAACUGGCAAAACCCCAUUUAUAGGAAAUGACCAAUUACAGUUGCUUCAGAACAUAGUGAAAUCAACUGGAUUGCAAUUCCCUUCCAAUGCAAAGGAUUUAAGUGAUGAGUGCAGAGAUUUAUGCCGAAAAUUGUUGCGCCGUAAUCCAGUGGAGCGGUUGACAUUUGAGGAGUUCUUUAACCACCCAUUUCUUGCAACAAGGCAACCAGAUGAACUGUCUAGGAUUUGGAGACCACAGAGGAAGAUAGAUGGUUUUCCUCUGUCAAGCUGCACUCCUGCAAGUGCAGAUGAAAGUCAAGAAGACUGUCUACCAUUCAGACUUGAUGAUGAUUCAAGUGGUACUGACAGCAGUCAAUCUGUCACUGGGAGAUUACUACAAAGACCUCCAUAUGGAUAUCCUAUUAAUGUAAAAGCUUAUAGAGAGGAUGCUUUCAAUGUUCCCAUGUUACCAGACCCAACCUUCGAUGGCAGUGGUAGUGAUUGCAAACGGGAGAGCACUGCAUUUAGUGUUGGCAACUGUCACCUUUCAGAAGGAAACUUGAAAGAAUCUCGUAGUUCCAUUGAACAUAGGCCAGCAGCUAGUAAUCCAGAAGUGAUAAAUUCACUGGAGUUGAUUGAUCAAGGUUAUGUCAUUGUUUCUGCCCCCCCUGUGGAUUCUUCUUCAUCAACAGGUGCUUCUAAGCUUAGCAAUAUGCCAAUGGUAUCAGGCUGUUCCCCACAAGCUCCAAGGGAUGCGUACUCCAGGCCAAGUGCCCCGAUGCCCAUUAUGGGACCUGCAACCCAUAAAGUAGGCUGUGUAGGAAGUCUUGAUAGCCACACAUCUGCUCAUGGUACAUCACAAGGAUCAGUGGAUAUAGCUGACACCUUGGAGCAACCAUCAACUGAUUGCAUGAGGAGGAUUGAGUCAUUGCAAUGUUGUGCUUCUGCUAUCACAGAAUUAGUAAAUGAGAAGUCUGAGGCAGGCAAACAUCUGGAAGCAUUCUCAAUUCAGCUUGUCAUUCUUGCAAUAUGGAAGCAAGCUUUGCAUAUUUGUCAUACUCAAGCAGCAUCAGCAGUUGAAGGAAGUCCAACACAACAUGCUACUACACUGCGGGAAACUAUGAAGAGGGGUCAAGGCGGUCUCAACGUACACAAUCCUGUUGAUGCUUCUAACACUUUGGGGCCACAGGAUGUCUGCUCUCAUAUUCAAAGGUCAUUCCUCAGUGAAGUUCAGAAUGCUGAGGAACUUUCCAAAUUUGUAGAGCCUGGAAAUACUGAAGUGCCAGAUGCAAUGGAGAUUAUAUUCCAAUCUGCCCUAGCAAUGGGCAGGAAGGGGGCUGUUGACGAAUACAUGGGCCGGACAGAAAAUGCAGUAGUAUUUUAUUCAAAAGCAGUGCAGUUAUUAGCAUUCCUUCAAGUGGAAGCACCGUCUCUCAUUUUAAAUCCCCCGUUCUAUCUGACAAACACAGAUCGGUAUAGGCUUCAGAAUUACAUAGACGUUCUUAAAAACAGGAAAAGCAUUUCGAGAUCCCAAAUGAUGGCUCUGCUCAAGUGCGAGGACCAACAUUGCUCCCCAUAAAGACAAAGGUUUCAACUAAUUCAUACUAACUGGUGAAGUGGUGAUAGCAUGUCAUGUUAUAGUCUGCAAAAUUAUUUAUUAUGUACAGUUAAUUCUUUUAUGUUGUUCCUGCUCUUGAAGGAAAUUGAAAUCCACUGGACUGGAACAAUAUAUACUUGAUUAACAUGUAGGCUGAAGCCUUCAGAAUUCUACCAGAAUCAAGUUGUGGCCUGUGGCAUUGCCUCUUGGUGAAGGUACUUAUAGGAUGCGUUUGGGUUAUGUUACACUUCUAAAUUUAACAUCUUUGAAAGUUA